AUGCCACUCCACUCCACAGAUGCUCUGAGCUCCAAGUCUGCUCUGCCCUGGAUGGCUUACUCUUCAGAGCAGAGUGUCCAUGGGACGCACAGCGCCCUCUUCAGCCAGCGCCGCUGGGUGAGUCCCAGCCCCGGCUGGCCCGGGGAGGAUGGCAGCAAUGUGGACCCUGCUGUCCCCGUUCUGGAGCACUCGGCCCAGCCAACAGCAGGUGCCUGCAAGGACCUGCGGUUGGCCAAGCCCAACCCACAGCCCCAGAACCACCCCACCCGCCGGCUGCAGAUGCCUUGGGAGCCAAAGUGA